AUGGGAGCAGUUUUGUGUACAUGUGGUGAUCGAGAGGAUAGUGAGUUUAAUGGUCUACGUUAUGAUCGAUUAGGUCAUGUAAAAGCGGGUCGUGUGGCUGCUGUUAUGGGCAAAUACGGUGCUUUUCCACCUAAAUACCAACAUUUACAGCAUCCAGAAUAUAGUUCAUUAUUGCUUAGUCGUGGUGAGACCUAUGUACUUUCGGAUGACGUAAGCAAUGAAGGAUAUAGUAGGCACUCUGGUCAUGCACAGGCAUAUGCUGAUGCCUUUCGAGCCAAGUUACAAGAGCCACCGCUUAGUCCACGUAGUAAAUUUAAACUACUGAGCUCACGGAUUCCUACAGACAAUAGUAUAACACCUACGGAAAGUAGUGUUGAUUCAGGAAGUAAUGGUGAAGAAAUAACAACAACAACCGAAGGAGGAGGAGCAGGAGGAGUGACUGUGUUUGAUACAAUGGAGCAACGACAAAAACGUCAUCAAGUGUGGAAUUCCUACUCCUUUCAAGAUGAAAUCGGCAACAGAUUGAUUGAUGACGAUGAUGAGUCAGUGACAGAAGAAGAUUGGAAACAACGAGCAAAUCCACUUGUCACAAUUAUUGUGCCACCUGGACCUUGUGGACUUGUGCUACAAGUAGUUCGUGACGAUUCGGGUGCACCUGUUGUGGACGGAUUUGUUCGGAAAUAUGAUGGUAGGAAGAGCACUAUUGAGAAUAGUGGUCUUGUUAAAAAAGGCAGUGCAUUGUGUGCAAUCAAUGACAUUGACGUGACGCGCAUGCCACUCAAGGAGGUUAUUCGCACACUGAACUUGUCGUCACACCUCGAGCGGACCUUCACGUUUCGUAACGGUUUCCAGCACCGCAAUUCCAUGUAA